AUGAAGGAUACAUCUAUUUUAGUUUUUAUAUGUUUUUUGACGUUUGCUUAUGUGCGAUCAGAAUCUUCAAAAGAUUAUUUGAAGCGAGAACACUCCCUUAUCAAGCCCUAUCAAGGUACAGGUAUGAUGGUACCUUUUUGGGACUUCAGUGGUAGCACCUUAGUCACUCCCAACCUUGUGAGAAUCACACCUGACCAACAGAGUAAACAAGGUUCUAUAUGGAAUUCAGUGUCGUGUACAGUCCCAAGUUGGGAAAUGCAAGUACAGUUUAAAAUACAUGGGCAUGGAAAGGAACUUUUUGGUGACGGAAUGGCUAUCUGGUAUGCCAAAGAACGUAUGCAGCCAGGACCAGUGUUUGGUAAUCAAGAUUAUUUUCAUGGAUUAGUAGUUUUUAUUGAUACAUACAGCAACCACAAUGGUGAACACAAUCAUCAGCACCCAUACAUUUCAGCCAUGAUUAAUAAUGGAACAUUGCAUUAUGACCAUGAUAAGGAUGGUACCCAUACUGAACUAGCUGGCUGUGAAGCUAAAUUACGGAAUGUAUUUUAUGAUACUAAUGUUGCGAUCAGAUAUGAACAAGAUACAUUAACUGUUCUUACAGACGUUGAAAACAAAGGAGAGUGGAAGGAAUGUUUCAAAGUACAUGGUGUGAAACUUCCUACGGGUUACUUCUUUGGUGUAUCUGCCGCCACUGGUGAUCUCUCAGAUAAUCAUGACAUUAUUUCCCUUCGUUUAUUUGAAUUGGAUUCAUCUGAUAUUGUUGAAGAUCGGUCCAAAAUUCUCCCAUCAGCAUUGAAAUAUGAAGCACCUAGAGAGAGGAUCGAAGAUGUAAAGCCUGCUUGGUCUGGUACAAAAACCUUCUUUAUUAUGCUGUUGGGAGCAAUAUUGCUCAUUGGUGUAGCUGUCGGUGCUGUUUACGCCUAUCAACAACAUCAAACGAAUUCACGGAAGAGAUUCUAUUAUUAA